AUGCAUCGAGAGCUUGAAUCAGUUUUUGCCGAGCUGGGCCUUGCUCACUACCUCGAUGCAUUUGUAGAUCAAGGUUUCGACUCUUGGGAGACCAUUCUCGAUAUCCAAGAGUCUGACCUUGAUGCACUCGGAGUCAAGCUCGGCCAUCGACGCAAACUUCAAAGGCGUAUUGCCAAUGCUCGCGGCAUCGCCCCCAGCAUCUCACUAGUCUCGGCGCUGAAGCCUGGUUCAGAAGAGGGCAAGCAGCAACACCUUAGACGAGAUAAUCCAACUCGCUCGGAGGCCGGCUCUGAGUCAACCAACGGUGUAACAAAAAGGAAGUAUCGGCGUCAUCCAAAGCCAGACGAACAUGCCCCGGAGCGGCCACCCUCCGCCUAUGUUCUCUUUUCAAAUAAAAUGAGAGAAGAUCUCAAGAGUCACAACCUAUCCUUCACGGAAAUUGCGAAGCUCGUCGGAGAGAAUUGGCAAAAUUUGGACCAGGCCGAGCGAGAAUCAUUCGAGAAUCAGGCAAACGUUGCCAAAGACAAAUAUCGACGAAGCCUUGCGGAAUACAAAAAGACUCCAGAAUAUCGUAGAUAUGCCCAGUAUCUUCAAGAGUUCAAGGAGAAGCAGAACAAGCACAAUCAAGGCUCCAAGGCCCAUCUAUCCACAGACACCUCGAAAAGGCAAAGGUUUGAUGGCAAGCGGGAGGCUGCUCGACUUCGUCAUGACAGCAGCUACGGAAGUACCACAAGCGGCGGUACUAAUGGUACACCUUCGAGCGGUGCGUCCGGAACAGCAAGCGGUAGCAGCAGCGAAAGGUUGAGAGAAAGCGAGCCGCCACCUUAUCGUCGUCGCCGAGUAGACUCCAUUGCCUCGAUUGCCGAAUCACAAGCAUCCUCAACUGCACCGACAGCACUGUCGCAAAGGAACUCCCUCGACGAAAAUGCCUUUUCGCCACGCUCCUCUCAUAUCGAUGGGAAUAGCCCUGUCGACGGCCGCUACUCGCAGCACUCAGCUGCGUGGUACGACCGCUCAAACCCUUCGGAACACCCAACGAUGCCUCAGCAAUUACCCUCCCUCUCGGAUAUGCUCGAUAAAGAUAAUCAACAAGGCAUUAGUGGACGGCUUGCGCCUGAUGGCUCGCCUUCCAUGGGUAUGGGCUCGUCUACCAGCUACCCAGCGGAGGAUGCUGUGAGGCGCUCUGGAGGAUCAAAACUGCCCGAUUCACGUCCAAUCAGCGAGGGCGCGCUGCCUAUUCAUGCACUCCUCUCCAAUCAGGCAACAUCGAGUGCACGAUAUGCCAAAGCCCCUCAACAAAGGGGCCCGCACAUGCCUAAUAGUAAGAACACAGUUGAAUCUCCCCAUGUCUCACCUGGCUAUGGCUUUCUCUCCAACUCGCCAACCUUUCGGCAUAUGAAGACGGAGCAGUCGGGAGAUGGCGACGUCGUCAUGACGACAGAACGGUCUCCCACCAACACUACAGCUGAAAAGGGACGCUUUGACGGUAUGAGCGCUCUGCUCCAAGCCGGUGAAAUCGUCGGCCGUCGAAGUGGCCGUCGGUGA